AUGGUGCAACGGACACUGUUUGACUUCGUCUCUAAGAAAGGUGACAAUGCAACCACAGAGGAAGUGGGCAGCAAGACGGAAUCCGGGCAACCCUCGGCUUCUUCGCGGAAGCGGACCGCAGAGGAUCAAGUAGCGAACGGUGGUGCAAGCAACUUGACCAGGGCGAGGGUGGCGAAAGAGAAUAACGGUGCCCUCGCUUCCCUUAUUGUUGAUCCUGGAUGGGAGGCUUUUCUCAAGCCACUUACUACUUCCAGCAACUUUGAACGCAUAGAGAAGUUCUUGGAGGGGGAAUUGAAUGCAGGAAAAACGAUACUCCCCCCACGUGAAAUGAUUUUCUCGGCCUUCAACAGCACGCCACUUGACAUGCUGAAGGUCGUGCUGCUUGGGCAGGACCCCUACCACAAUGUUGGUCAAGCACACGGGUUGUGCUUCUCCGUUCUUCCUGGAGUGCCACCGCCGCCGAGCUUAAUCAACAUGUACAAAGAAUUGGCAACUGAUAUUCCAGGCUUUGUGGCGCCGCAGCACGGGUACUUACAACAUUGGGCGGAACAGGGGGUGUUGAUGCUUAAUGCGACACUUACUGUAGAAAUACACAAGGCUAACUCUCACGCCACAUGUGGUUGGCAGACCUUUACCGAUGACGUCAUUCGCCUGCUUUCGGAGAAACACAAAAAUCCGCUUGUGUUUUUGCUUUGGGGAGGUUUUGCCAAACGAAAAAUUUCGUUGAUAGAUCGAAAACGCCACGUGGUCAUAGAAUGCGCUCACCCUUCCCCUCUAAGUGCCGCCAAGUGGUGGGGAUCUCGUCCCUUUUCAAAAUGCAACACAGCUCUCGUAGAAAAGAAGCUUUCUCCCAUAGACUGGAAGCUGCCCGUAUGCCUCAGUAAGGGAAAGUAG